UUGAUGUAUUCUUAGCAUAUGCCGGAUGCUGCUCGCAAUAAUCCAACCUAGUUUUUGUUAAAUUGCGGUUUUUGUUCACAUAUUCUAUACAUCGGAGUAUAUAAUAGAAUGCAAAUGCAAACGAUUCCGUCUCAACCUCACAAACACAUCUCCGAUGGAGAAUUCUCGGACUCAGCUCCUCCUCUUCGGCUUGUUGCUUUUGCUCUGCAACGGUGCCAAAGCAGAAUUUAGAGAUACUCCGACCUGGAAUCCAAAUCUGGCGCCGUUUGAGCAGUGGAGAAGUGCUUAUUUCUGCUUGCUUAAUUUUAAGGCGAAUACUACUUGCAUACCAAAGUAUGUGCUGAGCAUGAAGGGAUGGUUAAAUGUAACGAAGCAAGACGGACCGGGAUUCUGUUCCAGCAAAUGCGUUAACGAAACCAGAAACGUGCUACAUUGCAUUAGCCACACCAAACGCGACUUCUGGUUCGCCAACAAGGCCACUGUUAAGGAUAUCAAUCAAACCAUCAUCGACGGAUGUGGCCAGAAAGGUUUUACUGGAGUAAGUUACCACCCUGUAACCAAAAAACAUUAAAGCUAGCUAGCUCCUGGUGUGCCAUAUGAUGUUCUAUUUUGUGUUUACUUUUUAUUAGUAUCAUUUUCCCCCUUGUUGUUGAAUGGAAAAAGGAUGCUAUGUAAAAAUAAAGAAAGGAUGAAUGCUACUUUCUAUGUAA